AACCCAAAACCCCCCCAUUGAUUGAAACAUUUCAAGAUUCUUUAAGAGAAAUCGAAGAAGAGUGGCAUAGGGAAGUUGGAGAAUCCAAAAGUAAAAGCAAAAAGAUGAAAAAUUUACCACUGUUUUUGAUGGGUUGUGGAGGAGUUGGCCGUCAAUUGCUCCAACACAUUGUUUCUUGUCGAUCUCUUCACGCCAAACAGGGGGUGCAUUUGCGAGUUGUGGGUGUGUGUGAUAGCAAAUCUUUGGUGGUUGUACCUGAUGUUCAGACUGCAGAAUUGAAUGAUUCAUUUCUUCUUGAAGUUUGUCGGGUCAAAUCCAAUGGCUCCUCAUUGCAGACUCUUGCAGAUUUUGGUAUAUGCCAAGUGUUUUCUGGUCCAGAACUUAUACAAAAAGUAAUUGAUAUUGGACUUCUUGGCAAAUCAACAGGUUUAGCUUUUGUUGAUUGUUCAGCUAGUGCUGAGACUAUUGGAGUGCUAAACCAGGUCGUAGAUUUUGGUUGUUGUGUGGUGCUGGCUAACAAGAAGCCUCUUACUGUGCCAAUGGAGGAUUAUGAUAAGUUGGUGUCACAGCCUCGUCGCCUUAGACACGAGUCAACUGUUGGUGCUGGCCUUCCUGUCAUAGCAUCCUUAAAUCGCAUAAUUUCAUCAGGAGACCCUGUCUACCGUAUUAUUGGGAGUUUGAGUGGUACCCUGGGGUAUGUAAUGAGUGAAGUUGAGGAUGGAAAACCAUUCAGCCAAGUCGUUAAUGCUGCUAAAAGCCUUGGCUACACUGAACCAGAUCCUCGGGAUGAUCUAGGCGGUAUGGAUGUAGCAAGAAAGGCUCUAAUUCUUGCUCGGCUCCUUGGACGGCGUUUAAACCUAGAUAAUAUGAAGAUUGAAAGCUUGUAUCCUAAAGAAAUGGGACCAGAUGUGAUGCCUCUGGAAGACUUUCUAGUGAAUGGCCUUCCUUUACUUGACAAGAAAAUUGAAGAUAGGAUUAAACAAGCUUCUGCAAAUGGGGAUGUUCUGCGUUAUGUUUGCUUGAUUGAUGAUGCAAGAUGUGAAGUUGGCAUCCAAGAAGUUCCAAAAGAUUCUGCAUUGGGAAGAUUAAGGGGAAGUGAUAACGUGGUGGAGAUAUACAGCCGUUGUUACGAUAAACAACCUUUGGUUAUCCAAGGUGCUGGAGCAGGAAAUGAUACCACAGCAACUGGUGUCCUAGCUGAUAUCCUUGACAUUCAAGAUUUAUUCCCUUGACUGAGUAUUAUACACUGAGAUACAAACAUCCGAUGUGCAAAAGGACAAAAAAUCGACUCUUCUUGCCCAUUUGCUUCCAGAUUGGAGAUUGAAAUCGGGCUCAGAAAGCACAUGCAUUUUUUGAAAAAAUCUCAUUACACGGGAGUGCCUUGUAAGUUUACAGUAAAUGAUUACACGAUUUCUCUCGUCUUUCUUGUCACUAGUGAAAUUGAGUUUUUAGGAGUUCACUUCAGGUUAUAAUCAGUUCACUUUGUAAUGACCAUUUUGUUAUCUGAAUUUUUUUAUGUUAUCACAAUUUAGAGACUUAUCUUAUA